AGAACACCGCAUGCAGUUUUCCCCCUCCGUAAAGAAAAGACCCACGAUGUCGAUGAGGUGCAUACGACGGGAAACAGACGAUAACUCUUGGAUUAAUGUCUCACCGUCGAAAUCCUCCAUCUGUAGGACGGAGCAGAAGGAUGCUGUCUUGAACCAUGAUACAGAUGCAUAAACUGCGGGGUCCUCCUGCCUUUUAGAUGUCUGUGACCUGUUCAUGGCUUCUACAAAGAAGCAGAGAGGAAUGGUGUUCCAUCAAGAGGGGGCAACCACCCCUGCAGCCGCACCUGCAGGGAAUCAUCCACCCGCCUGCUUUAUUGAUCCGAAACCAGGGAAAGCAAGCGAAGGUGGGAUGGAAAAAAACACCUGUGUAACCUAUAAAGAGGCAGAUAUGAUUGAUAAGCCCAACAUGUACCCAUCAAAAGAAGCUAUUGGAACUUCUGGUGGAGUACCAGCUAUGAAACAUCCUGCAAGUUCAAACCCUCAGUCGGACAACCUGUCACCUGAUUGCACCAUUGAAGGCAUCAGCGUGACGCUUGACAACAACGGCAUGUGGAACGAGUUUUUCAGAUGCAAAACAGAGAUGAUUCUGACAAAGCAAGGCAGCAGGAUGUUUCCCUACUGCCGCUUUCGAAUCUCUGGCCUGCAGCCAUCUAAGAAAUACUCUUUGAUCAUGGACAUUCAACCUGUGGACAGCAGUCGUUACAAAUGGAUCUGCAACAGCUGGCAAGUUGCUGGAAAGGCUGAGUGUCAUGUUAAGAGUCAACCGUUCGCACAUCCAGAGUCCCCGGCAACGGGUCAACACUGGAUGCAGAAUCCUGUGUCAUUUUACAAACUCAAGCUUACAAACAACAUCACAGACCAAGAGGGGAACACCGUCCUGCAUCCGAUGCACCGCUAUUUGCCCAGACUGCAUGUGGUCCAAACUGAUAAAGCUGCUAAAGACAUAAAACUAAGUGCUGCCAGUGUUGUCACAUUCACUUUCCCUCAGACUGGGUUUAUGGCAGUCACUGCUUACCAAAAUUCACAGUUUGCUCAGCUUAAAGUUGAAUACAACCCAUUUACUAAAGGACUGAAGGAGGAUAGUUCCAGUUUGUUGGGCCUAAAACUGAAAUUGAACUCUGGCAAAGACUUGCACAAAGAUGGAGGUAUGUCAACCAAUGAGCAACAUCCUUUGAAGAAGAGCUUGAAGUCUUUACUUGCAAACCAUAAACCAAGAAGCUCAAAACCUUCAGUGUCAGGUGAAAACCAGAAAGAUUCUACUACGAACAGUGAUCAGUCAGCUGCUAAGGUCACUGAAGGCAGUUUGGGCAAUUCACAUCCACCUCAGAAGUUGUUUUCUGACCUUAUUCGGGAGGCUCAUGUUUCACUACAGAGAUGCAACCUGGAGCAGCUGGGCAUCAAUAACAGCACCUCUCAUAGAACUGAGCGAUCCAACACUAUAACGACAGCUUUGAAAAGCAAUAGACAAGAUUUUUCUAAGAGGGAAAGUGUAUCUGUCAGAACACGUAAAGACUUAUCACCUGCAAAGACAGGUGAAGCUGUUGUAACAAACACAAAAGUCAAGGGGGAAAAGGACCAUUUGAAUUCAGUGAACUGCAAGGACACUGUUAGGAGAGAUUGUUCUAAUGUCAAUAAUGUCGCAACUCCAGCAGUGCCCCAGAACUCCUCUGUGGACUCAGACUACCACUGUAAGCCGGAGGAGCAAUCAGAGGUGAAAGUGAGGCAUAAACGGCCGGCACCCCUGCCUCUGCCAGCCCUAGCUCUGUUCUUGAAGCAGCAUUCAACAAAAUCUAAAAAGAGCAAGAGCAAACCGGGCUCUCUUCCAGCACUCCCAUCUGAAUCUCUGUCUGAACCACAGAGUUCUUGCAAAGAUGCAGAAGCUGCAGCAGGUCAGCCUGCAACUGGUCCCUCAAUGGACCUCACUGGUGAUAUCGCAAAUGGUGAUAAAUCUGACAACCGGGCCUUCGGACAUACAACUGCAGAUCUUGAUCCAGAUGGACCAGUUCUCAAUAUUUCUGGACCUACUUGGCAGCCUUCCGGUCUAUCAUCUUCAGAUACUGUUGCCAAAACAGGUCCAGAGGGAUCAAGAACUGAUGAUUUCUUUGACUCCAUUUCAGUUGCUGAAAGCACAGGCCCUGAGCCAGCAGUGCCAGAUGGUACACCAGUGUUACCCAACCCAGACCAGCCAUUUUGUAUUCUUGGGACAUCUAUGUCCAUCAUUUCCCCAACUCUUUCUACCUCAUCCCUUUCUCCCAUUUUGUCACCACCCCAUGAUGCAGUGUUACUGACCCCAAACUCUCCGCAAACAGCAAUCAGCACCGAGCCACUUCCGUCACACUCCCCUGCUAUGAAAUCUGAUUAUUUACUACCUGAUCCAGAGUGUUCUUCAUUAGGCUUUGAAUCAUUGUCACCUGCAAGCUCCCCAGAACCUUUGCCUUCCCUGCCUGCGUCAUUAACUUUACAACUUGCCUCAGCCACUUCUCAGCCAACUCCACAAGCAUUGCCUCCAGAAGAAUUACCGCACAGUGAAGACUCCGCCGCAUCUGUGUUUAAGUGGCACACAGUGUUACCUCCACCUGAACCGUAUAUAGACAGUUCAUUCACAACAUUUCAGCCCACACCACAGACUGUUCCUUUAACUUCGGUUACAUCACCCUUGUUGCCUUCUCAGACUUGCUCUCAACCUGAACCACAGACUUUUGACAGCUCCACGUCAACACCUCCCCCUGAUCCUGCUCCAUCAUUUCAAGAGAACGAACAGUCAAUGCCCUUCCCUGCAGAACUAUCUCCCCUUGCACUUCAGUUGCCGCUGUCUCCAACCUUUUCUUCAUUAGAUGGAGACGGAUUGUCACCCACGCCUUCACUCACUGACCUUGUGCACUUUUUCUCCACCAAUGAUGACCUUGGGAUGGAGGUGGAUUUUUCAAACACAGAGGCAGUGGCUGUUCCCUGCCCCCCUCCAAGUACCGUAGAAGGAAAUGCACGUGAGGUCUCUCAGCAUGUGCAACCAAUCCAAGCCAAUAAACCCAGCAAGCGCAAGAAGAAGUUGCGGCGGCAAAAGCUUGGUCAGACUGAUCUGGAGCAGAAGAUUGACGACGCUACCUACACUAGAAUGCAGCCAAACCUGGAGGAAGUGGAGGAACAGUUAUUUAUCUCGUUCACAUCAAAGGAGGCCCUCAAACUUCACGUUGUGGACUCAUCUGAAGAACCUGUUUCACUGCCUCAGAGGACACCUGAAGGUCACCUGCAGGAAACCACUGACACGGCUGAGAAUGAUAAAAGCUUGGUUGUUGUUGCAAGUUCACUUCCUGACAGCAUCCACCCUCAUAACUUUCCUGCUAAACUGUGGCGGUUGGUGAACAACCUCGAAAAUAAAGCCAUCUGCUGGGACAGCCACGGCGAUGCUAUCAUCAUUGAUCAACAUCUCUUUGAGAGACAGAUCUUAUCUCAAAGCACCACCAACUCUGACAGCACUGAGGCCUUCAAAACGACAAACUUCACUAGCUUUGUCCGUCAGCUAAAUCUGUACGGCUUCAGAAAACAUGAUCCAGCAAUUAAAGAUAACCACCCCCCCACUGGGGACAGCGGAAUGUAUCAUCAUUUUCACAACCCAAACUUCAAGAGAAACCACCCUGAACGUGUUGCAAGUCUGAAGAGGCUCACUGUCAACAAUAAGGCAAAGAUACAAGCUGGUCUGAACGUGAACUGUCGGCCCCCGGGUCAACACCAGCGAUUCAGUGGCGGCAAUGAUGGCAAAGAUAAAAAUGUGAAACAAGCAGAGACGGUGGAGAGUUUGCAGGAGAAGAUCACUGCCUUCGAGAAGAUUCUUCUCAGAAACUUGAAGCUGAUGAGACACAGACAGGUGAUCCAUCCUGUGCUGCAGGAAGUUGGUCUGAAGAUGAACUUGCUGGAUCCAACUCAGUCCAUAGACCUGCAGUAUCUGGGAGUCCGUCUGCCCAUCCCGCCUCCUGGAGUCUCUCUGGAGCCUCUGACCCAGGAGCUGCUUCCUCCUCAAGGUGUUUGUGCAGCAUUUGUGUCCAGAACAGGAAAAACAACAGAUGUGACUCAGAUCAAAGGCUGGAGAGAGAAAUUCAUUCCGUCAGAGACUCCGCCCACUCCAGCACCACCAAAACCUGAAGCAGCUAGUCAGUGUUCAGAUCCGCCGAAGAAGAACCUGUCUGCAUUCUGCAGCGACAUGUUGGAUGAGUACCUGGAGAACGAAGGGAAGCUGAUUGACGAGCGAGCUGCCAGCUUCUCUCAGCCCCAGGUGGAGCCGUUGGUCUACGAGCUUCCCACCAGGAGUACCAGCUAUGUCCGGACCCUCGACAGUGUCCUGAAGAAAAACACUGUUGGCUCCCCCACGUCUGACCUCAUAUCUGGAUUCAUCCCGCCAUCCAAGAGACCGAAACUCACCCUUAAAGAGACCAGAACAUCCCGUAGAGAAACCAUGAGGCAGAAAGGCUCAAAACAGAAUAAACCUAGACCCGAACUUGCAGCUGCUCCCAGUCCAGCUGACUUCAAUCAGAGAGGUCCAAAACGCAACAAACACAGACCAGAACCAGCAGCUACUCACAGUCCAGUUAACCUGAACCCAGUCCCCAAACAGCUCGCGCUCCAAUUCCCAGACCCUGUCUCUUCUCAACCCCCCACCGUAAAGAAGGGGAAGAGGCUCAAACCUAAGACCUCAUCCAAGACCCUCAGCCUCUCCAAGUCCACGGUCUCUCAGCCCGGAGUCUCAGAGGACAUGGCUCCACUGGAGUCAGACUCUGAGCUUGGGCCUGGCUUCGACCAAAGCAACAACGCCUGCAGGACAGAUGGAAGACCUGUGAUGACGAGAGCGCUGCUCAAACAGAAGGACCUAGAGGACGGAGUGGUGUGGGAGGGCCGAGCCCGGACCAGCAUCAACGAGGAGCGGGCCAGCAUUGCUCUGACAUCACUAUUCACUCUGAUGGGUUUUGUCAGGGAGAACCCAACCGCACCUAUCCAGCUGGUCCGGAGACGAGCCCCUCCCUGUCUGAACGACUUCUGCCGGCUGGGCUGCGUUUGCUCCAGUUUGUCUCACUGUUCCAGGACCAGCCACUGCGGCCGGCCCGCCUGCAUGUUCAGAUGCAGCUGCCUCAAACAGAAGGUGGUUCUCCUCAAGAACCUGGACGGGUCUGACUCCAGCCCUUCCCGCCACGGAAACAACAAGAAGAAGAAGAGGAAGAGGAGGAUGAAGAUGGCCUACAUUCUGAAGGAGGCGGACAGCGUUUCCCAGCCUGCCGAGCGGGUCCAAACUCUGUGGAAGAGGGACGAUAGAGACUGGGAUCCAGAACCAACCCACAUCCCCAAACCAGCAACCUCAUUUUCCCCCCCUGUGGCAGCCGAGGGUCACAGCAGCUGUGCCAGGGUCAGAGGUUACCGGGGAAAGAAGAUCAUCCACAAACAGAAGCAGAAUGAGCCGAUGAAAGACGUGGAGAAAAAAGUGAAACGUGCUCGGAUGGUCUCUCUGAAACAGAAGGAGCAAAAAUCAAGGGAAACAAAGACCAGAACCGCCAGCGCUACACCCGGUGAUCCAGUUCCACCUGUUCCCUCUGAACAGCCACCGAGUCCUCUAGCAGAGCCGCCCCCAAAGCCGUCGAAGCGUCUGAUCAUCGUGGCGGAGUGCAAGUGGGCGAGCAAGGCCGACCAGAGCUUCGUGUUGAAGGACCUGUGUGAGAGGAUGGCCUGGGACCAGCUGGAGAAACCGUUCUGUAUCAAGAAGUAUAUGAUCAAUCCGGUCGGUCAAACUGUGGAGGAGAGCAGCUCCGGCCGCUGCAUCCAGUACAAGAUCCACAUCACCAGACCCAGUGAGGACCUGAUAAAAACAGCAGAACCAGUGAAACCAGUGCAACCAGGGACAGAGAGGGAGACGCAGCAAGAGCAGCAGGACCACCUGAAACAGGCAGAGCCCAUCGCAGACUGGCAGCAGGAGGUGAAGGAAGAAGAGGAGGAGCCUCCUGAGAAGUGGCAUGUGAAGGAGGAAGAGGAGGAGUCUUUUGAAGAUUGGCAGCAAGAGGUAGAGGAGGAGGAGAUGGAGCCUCUCCAAGAUUGGCGGCAGGCGGGGCCUGAAGAGGCUUUGCAGCAGGAGCUAGAGGAAGGUGAAGUCAAGGAGGAGGCGGGGUCAACAGUUCGCCAGGUGCAUGAUGGGAGAGAGAGCAGAAAAGAGGAAAAGAAACCAAGAUCAAAGGUCAUGGUCGGUAUGGGUCUGCCUUUCCUGACAGGAAUCUCCCCCGCCGGCUUCCUCUCAGCCAAUAAGAAACAGCCAGGAGGAACGGAGCACCUGAUCCGGGUGAAUGGGAAGCCUUAUCCUCUGGCUAAGAUCCAGCUGGGGAGGAUGGGGGCGCUCCACCCGGCGAACCGGCUGGCCGCCUAUCUCACCGGCAGGGUCGGGUUGAACAGGAAGAAACAAGGUUCUUCUUCCUCUUCAUCCGUCAUCAAACCUCCUCAGAUCCAGACUUCAGCACCCACAACUCAGCCGUCAGUCACGCUUCUCAAAAUCCCCAUCGCCCCCUCAGUGCUUCAGCCUGCGGCACUGAAAAUCAUCCAAUCAGCUGCCUCCUCCAAGCCACCUGCAGAAGAAGCACCUGAGGCAGAGGUGUCCCGGCUCGUCAUGUUAAAGAUGUUCCCGGGUCCUAAAGGAGGAGGCAGUCUGGUCCGAGAGAUACCCAGAGCUCCUGGUAGCUCCUCCCUCAUGUCCGACCCUCAGGUGAGCUCCCCUGUGGCUCCUGCAGGUUCUCAGCUGUUGAUGCUUCAGGUCCCGCGUCCUCCUGGGAAACUUCCUGUCCCGGCAUCAGCGCCCCCCCCCUCCAUCUCCACCUCCACCGGUCAGAGGAUGGUCCUGCAGCCGGUCCAGACAGUAACAGGCGCCCAGUACUACCGCAGACCGGAUGGUAAACUGGUCCAGCUGGUUCCUAUUGACCAGCUGACACCAGUGAAACCGACCCAGUCAGCUCAGAAAGGCUUGUCUCCCCCCCCGGUCCUCCCUGCUGUGACUCGCCAGACUCCGUCAUUCACUGUUGUCAACCGAACAGCCCCUGUUGCCACAGUGACAGCCUCCUCCCCCCUCCUCCCCUCUUCUGGUUUCCUGGGUCAGAAGGGAAUGUGCACCUUUAAAAUCCUUCCCCCCAGCUCGAGCAGGGAACCAAUCCUUGUCACCUGUGCUAAAGUUCCCCCCCAGCCCCCCAUUAAGCUGGUGUCGUCUCCAGCUCCAGGCACCUUCACCCUGUUCUCGCCUCACCCCUCUGCUACCCCAGUGAACCUUAUCUCACUCAAACCCUCCCCAGGUCAAGGGGCGGAGCCUGGGGUCAAAACGGUGGCAGUGUCUGCAGCCCCGGUGGGUUCAGGUGGGCUGACAGUCCAUCGGAAACCUACGUCAUCUCAAACCACCACCACCGUCCAGACCCUGACAGCGUCUACCAUCAGACCCCUUCCUUCUCCUCCAGCACCAACAGAGUCAAAGGUCACACCUGAACCUUCCCCACCGCCCUCACCUGUUGAUAGGAACAGAUCAGAGCUGGAACCGGAGCAGGAACUGGCCUGCGACCUGGUGGACCUGGACAUCAUCUGUGUGGACGACGAGGCGGGGCCGGGUAACACGGUGACGUUGGCAGAGGCGAAGCGGGCGGUAGACGUGGUGGUGCUGGACGGGUCGUCGAACAGCGAGGAGACGGACAACUCAUCAGACUUUGGAGACGAGACAGACGGCGAAGGAUGGAAAGAAGAGAGACUGAAACAACGUUACAGUCACAACGAGUUGGAGAAGCAGCGACGGGCAAAGAUGCGUCAGCUGUUCGAAGGCCUGAGGAGAGAAGUGGGAAUAACUGAGAAGAUGUCGAAGGUCUUCACACUGAACAGGGCGGUGCAGGUGAUCCAGAAGCUGAGGAUGACUGACUCGGAACUUAUGAAGACGAAGAUGAUGCUGACGAAGAAGAGGGAUCACUUCCUCAACACCAUCGCUCCAGCAACAGAGACACGACGUCACAGAUCACCUGAGACGGAGACAGGAAACAAAGACGCAGAUGUGAUGGAGGUGGUGGACCUGCUGGAGGAGACAGAAGAGCUGACCGAGAACUCGUCUGACGAGGAGACAGUCAUCGCCAAGGCGGCCGACCCCGUCGCCAAGACGAACAAUACCGUCACCAUGGCGACCGGCCUCGUCACUAGCGUUGCCGUGGAGAUGGUGGAAGAGACCAGCGGCGCUCAGACGAGCCUGGGCGGCGACGAGACGGGCUUUGACUUAGAAGUCUUAGAUGCCUUCAGAGAGCUCGGUGUGGUCCUGGAGGCCAGACACCUUCCCAGGACACUCCUGCUGCAGCAGGCUGUUGAGGAGAUCCAGACUCUGCAGAGAGAGACGGACAGGCUGAGGAGUCUGAAGAUCUGUCUGAACCAGCAGAGAAAGGCCUUCAUCAGAGAGGUCGCCCAGAGAUCAGGUGUAAGUGAGAAGAAGAUCCUGAUGAAGGUGGUGCACCUGACGGCCAGACAGAGGGAGGAGGAGGAGCAACACAGAGCAGCCAAUCAGAGGCCAGCAGCAGCAGCAGUGGACGGGGACUCUGAUUCUUCAGCACGCGGCAGGACUGUUAACGACAUCAUAAUCACAUCGUCUUACCAGCUGCAUCAGUCUCCACAAGCUCCUCCCACUCUGUUUUAUGCUCCACCCACCACCACAGCUGUCCCAACCCCUGUCCAGACAGACCCUGUCACCAAGGCAACUGACCCCGUCACCAUGGCGACCGGCCUCGUCACCACGGCAACCGACCCCGUCACCACGGCGACCGGCCUCGUCACCAAGGCAACCGACCCCGUCACCAUGGCGACCGGCCUCGUCACCAAGGCAACCGACCCCGUCACCAUGGCGACCGGCCUCGUCACCACGGCAACCGACCCCGUCACCAUGGCGACCGGCCUCGUCACCAAGGCAACCGACCCCGUCACCAUGGCGACCGGCCUCGUCACUGCCACUAACAGCGUUGCCGUGGAGAUGGUGGAAGAGACCAGCGGCGCUCAGACGAGCCUGGGCGGCGACGAGACGGGCUUUGACUUAGAAGUCUUAGAUGCCUUCAGAGAGCUCGGUGUGGUCCUGGAGGCCAGACACCUUCCCAGGACACUCCUGCUGCAGCAGGCUGUUGAGGAGAUCCAGACUCUGCAGAGAGAGACGGACAGGCUGAGGAGUCUGAAGAUCUGUCUGAACCAGCAGAGAAAGGCCUUCAUCAGAGAGGUCGCCCAGAGAUCAGGUGUAAGUGAGAAGAAGAUCCUGAUGAAGGUGGUGCACCUGACGGCCAGACAGAGGGAGGAGGAGGAGCAACACAGAGCAGCCAAUCAGAGGCCAGCAGCAGCAGCAGUGGACGGGGACUCUGAUUCUUCAGCACGCGGCAGGACUGUUAACGACAUCAUAAUCACAUCGUCUUACCAGCUGCAUCAGUCUCCACAAGCUCCUCCCACUCUGUUUUAUGCUCCACCCACCACCACAGCUGUCCAGCAGCCUCAGACUCACAGUCACAUGGUCCUGCAGGUGUUGAAUCCCACCGUGCCACCUCCCCCUGUAUCCCAUAAUGCAUCAGUUUCGAGGGACAAGCAGAGGACGGUCCCCAACAUCCUGUCUCGCAGAAAGACGUCAGCUAUACCUUCGACCCUGAUCAAAAACAGUGUGGAGGAAUCACAACAUUUCCAUGCCAUGGUACCGACCGAGGUACUGUCCCUGGUCGGCACUGCGUUGCCGGGGCAACAGGUUGUGACCCUGAGCCAGCUGAUGGCGACGCCGUCGAUGCUGCAGGCGCCCUCUGCACCAGGCGUGGCCUCAGUCACCCUCAACAUCCCUAGUCUGACCAAUCAGCAGAUACAUCUCACCUCAGUACACCCCCCCCCAACCGCCUCAGACUUCAACAGUGGGCUGCAGCUGGUCCAACCUCCCCUCCAGCAGGAGGUCCCAGCUCCUCCUGCCCCUGUGGUCCCUGUUGGAUCAGACCUCUCUUCAGAUCAGAUCAAAGACCCAGACCAGUCCCCCACCACUCGGGGCCCGUCUCCCCCUCCGUCCUUUGGGCUGGGUACUGGUCUCCAGGCCGAGGUCUCGAUGGGGGGCGCCGUUGAGCCGGGGGAGCAGCAGGAGACCGGAGAGGAGACCGUCAGUCUGACCUCCCUCCUCAACGAGCUGGUCUUCCUCAACCAGCAGACUGUCGCUGGGGACCAACUGGAGGAGGCACACGCCCACAGCCCCUGGCUCCUGCAGCUGGACUCGGACUCUGAGGACACCGUUGCCAUGGAGACGGAGGAGGCGGGGCUUAAUGACCACACUGAGACAACACAGAGCGUACUGCAGCCUAGAACUGUUAAUGGGAACACUACAGGUGGCGCUCUGGCUCCGCCCCCUCUUCUGCAGAUGAAGGUGGGCGGGGCCAACGUGGCGGACACCGCCAGCAGGCCGAUGCCGAGACUGGUUCCUCUGGGGCUGAGAGGAAACCCGCUCAGCUGACCUCACCAAGCUAGGCACUGAUGAUGUCACAGCUAGUUUAGGAGCUCAUUGGUAGUCUGCAGGCCGGGCUCUCAUUGGCUGUUCGAGAUCAUGUCCUCCGACACCGAAUCACAUGAUACAGCUGACAGCCAAUCAGAAGUCAGUUACAGUUUGUCUCCGAUACCGUUUUAUUUAUUUACUCAUCAGCACGUCAGUGUCGACGCGUCACCGCUGCCAUGGAAACGGCACAGGAAACAGAACAGUGUUGAUGAAACGGUGUGCGUCUGAAAUCGAAAGGUUUAUGAGUCUGUGUGUGUGUGAGCGUGUGUCUGUGAGUCUGUGUGUCUGCGUGUGUGUAGUGAUAUUUGUAUGUUUUUAACAUGUUUUUUGUUUGUGUUCGUGUUGUUGUUGGAGGACUUCAGGAAUAAGUUUGAAAUAUUCAGAAGCAGGAAGAGAAUCACAACACAACAGGAAGUGGUUGAUAGAAAACAAUCAUCAUUUUGUGAAAAAUGUUUUCGUAUUAAAACAAAAUUAAGACUUUUCUUUUUGAAAAUAUGUCUGUUUUAUUUGUUAGCCGACAGGUAACUUAACCUCAACCAUGUGUCUGUGCGGACGGUCUUUAAUUUGGAGGAUUUUCAUCCCAAUCAUUUCAUAUUUCUGUCGGGACGUUUUUAGAUUAUUUCCAGAAUAAAUUAAAGUGAAAUAAAAGGUGUGAACAUGGAGCAUCCGCUUAAAUGUGUUCACGUUUUAUUCCCAUUCUUGGGGAAUAAAAAUGAGCAGAGUUCAGAAACGAAACAAAUGGGACUCACCUGGACUCACCUGGAUUCACCUGUUCAGUGUCACUACGGGACAGUUAAAGGAGCAGUCUGCUGUUUUAAAGCAUCAGUGUGUUCUGUAGGACUGUUGUCACAUGAAGCUGCUUCUCUCUGUGUUGAUGUUUGUACAGUGUACAGUUCUUCUUGUUUUUCCUAAAUUUGUAUUUUUGUAUGCGUUCAAGUACCUUCUAUGUAAAUAUCCUGUGCUGCCUCACGAUAUAACACUAAUACCAAUAAAGUUUGGAAAUCAG